UUUGCUUUAUAAACUGAGACCAUGAGACUCAGAGGUAUGACUGCUCGAAGCUGGCUUCGCUAGUCUUUCUUGCAGUCUUCCUGGGACACUGAAAUCGAGGCAAACUUCAGCCCCAGAGCAUCUCUAUUCUUUGCCAUGGAAGGCUACUUCUCUGCCGUCCGCAAGAUGGAACAAACAGUGAUGUUCCCCAGUCUUCUCUUGGGGGUCUCCUUAGAAGAUCAGGAUGGCACAUUCCAAGCCAACAACAACAACAACAACAACGCAAACUCUGGUGACAGAGACUUGUACGAAUACUACAUGCUCCUAAAAUCCAUCAAGUCGACGGCCGAAGGUGGGCUGGCGCCUCUCAAAGAGAAGAAGCUCAGCAUCGGUUUAGAAGAAGGCAAAGAGGAGGCAGACCUUGAAGGACUCUUUCAUUUCCAUGUGUCUGGUUUGCACCACGUCCUCACGCAGUUGACCAGGAGAGCCAACACCGUAACAUCCAAAUACAACGAAAUCAUGGGGCAGAUCAGCCAGAAUCAAAUUUAUCUCCAGUGGUGAAACCAAGGGCCAGGAACAACAAAGGUGAGAUAUUUACUAUGUAUACUCUUAUGCACCCAACUUUCUCUGCUUCUUUCUUGUUGUGGCCUGAUUUUCUAUUUUUAAUUUCCUUGGCCAUCAUUGACCAGUAGAAGCUGGAGCAACAAGGGUGAUUUUGCAGCAUAGGUGUCGGCCUUACCAUUAGGUAAAGUGAGGCAGCUGCUUGGGAAACUGGUGUCUCUGGUGCCCAUGGGGAACUGUAUCUACAUUGGGUUUUAGAGCUAGCUCACUUACAGUUCAGACUGAAACCCAAAGCGGAUUCACUGGCCUCAUAGCCAGCAGCCAAUGUUGCCACCACCUCAGCAGUGGUUUUUGAGCAUCGAUCAAGUGCAGACAAUUCUUCAAUAUUUCUUUUGUUAUGGCAUUAUUUUAACUCAGACUGCCCAUAGUGCAAACAGUAAAGCCGUUUGACACCACUUUAACUCAGUGCUAUGGAAUUCUGGGGUUUGUAGUUUUGUGAGCUAUUCC